UGGGCGCGUCUCGGGGUUUAAUAGGACGCAUGAACCGGGAGAUGGAAGAACGGGGUCUCACCGCCCCGCUACAAGUACACUGCCUAAUUCACCAGCAAGCGCUGUGCUGCAAAGUGUUGAAGUGGGAUUCUGUCAUGAAGGUUGUGGUAUCGUGCAUAAACUUCAUCAGAGCAAAUGGACUUAAACACAGGCAGUUCCAACAAUUCCUGUCUGAACUGGAGUCUGCGUACGGAGAUGUGCUGUACUACACAGAGAUCCGAUGGUUGAGCCGCGGCAAAGUUUUGAGGCGUUUUUACGAGCUGCUACCUGAAAUUAACGCAUUUCUUCAGUCAAAAGGCAAAACGGUCCCAGAGCUGAUCGACCCAGCAUGGAAAUGGCACCUCGCAUUUUUAACAGACGUGACAGAAAUGCUGAACGGCCUUAACUUGCAGCUACAAGGGAAGGGGAAACUCAUUUGCGACAUGUAUUCCCACAUAAAAGCAUUUGAGGUGAAACUAGCGCUGGUUUUGGAACAAGUGAAAAAGCACAACUUCACCCAUCUCCCUGCUACCCAAAGCUUUUCUGCAGAGAAGCCAGCUGUCGCGUUCCCAGGUGAAAAGUGUGUGGAAGCACUGGAAAUGCUGAAGGCGGAGUUCGGUGUACGAUUCCGUGAACUACAUGUUCAUGCAAAAGAAAUCCGUCUUUUUCAGAACCCUUUUGUUGCCGACAUCGAUGAAGCCCAGCCUUCUUAUCAGUUUGAGCUGGCCGAGUUACAGAACUGUGAUGUUCUGAAAGACGCAUUCAAGCCCAACAGUCUCAUUGACUUCUAUGCCGCCCUCCCAAAUGACACCUACCCUAACAUAAAAAAACACGCAAUGAAGAUGUCCACACUUUUUGGCAGCACGUAUAUCUGCGAGCAAACCUUUUCACGCAUGAAACUCCUGAAAACUCCAACGAGAUCAAGAUUGACAGAUGAACAUUUGCAUCAGUGUUUGAGACUGGCUGUGACUAGAAUGGAACCGGACAUUCAACUUCUCACCAGCCAGAUGCAGGCCCACAAUUCACACUGAUGAACAUACAGUACAUAGAGGGAAGUUGAUGAGAGAGAGCCUACAGUGGUGUCUACUGGGCUAGCCUAUGGAACCUACAAAACUGGAUUAUAAGGAAAGAACACAAGAACUUUGAGAGACAUUUGAGAUUCUGCUCUGACAAGUGAAGUUGAACUUUUACCUAUGAUUGUGCACGGCACAGCAUAACUUUCUUUCUGUGAAGAACCCAGAGAGGGUUAUUUGAUUUUUAUUGAUUUCAUAAAUAGUGUUAUUAGCCUAUAUAUUUUCUGCGUUAUUUUAUUCUGUGAAGAACCCAGAGAGGGUUAUUUGAUCUCAGAAAGGGUUAUUAAUAUUUGGAUAUGUGUGGUGCGCUGGAGUGUCAGCAUGUUUUCUGGAAAACAAUAAAUGAUUACAUUUAGGGACCCCUGCGAUUGUCACACUUUUUCUGUUAGAAACUGACCCUGGCCCCCCAUCAGA